UGGGUGUGUACUUCCUGAUUACUUCGUCCCGUUACUGUGGUGAUUAAGCAGCAUCGGCGUUCGCGGUUGGCGUGGGCUCUGUGACUUCACCGUGACGCGGAAAGCGUCGCCCCCUGUGUGCGGUGACGUCGGCGGCUGAAGAGUUUUCACUGGAAGCACGCACUGGAGACACGUGAGAAGCAGCGACACAUUAAGGAGUGUUUACUGUCGACUGACAGAAGACAGGAGGAUGGAAAAGGACGCUGGAGUGAAGAUUUAACAACAAACGCUGAGAGAAGAUAGAAGAAAUGAUAUCCAGUGUCUUCGUCGCCGUCAUCUUCUUCUUCGGCAGCAGCAGCGUUUCCUGUUUGUAAGCGUAAACAGCUGAGUUCUGCUGCUGAAGCUGAGGUCACCUUUGAACAGCUUCAAUUUAAGGAAAAUCAAGCAUGUAUCCUGAUGCUCUGGAAGCAGCAGGACGGGUAGAGGGUCUCCCUCUGUCCUCGCCACAGCUGCUGCCAGAGCUGGAAGAGGAGGAGGAGGAGGUGGAGACAUCAGUGGACAGAGGUCCAAAGAGACAAGGGCGAUACAGACAGAGUCUGCAGCUCCUGAAGCCCUUCAGAAUCACACACAAACACCAGCACCCAGUCGAUAACGCUGGACUCUUCUCAUUCAUGACUCUGCACUGGCUGUCGCCGCUGGCACGAAAGGCCUACAAGGCGUCCAGUCUGUCUUUGGAUGAUGUAUGGGGACUGUCCUGUCACGAAGCGUCUGAAAUCAACUGUCAAAGGCUUGAAUUUUUAUGGCACAAUGAGUUGAAGCGCCGCGGUCGAGAGGGAGCAUCUCUGUCCAGGGUCUUCUGGAGGUUCUGCCAAACUCGGAUGCUGGUGGCCAUCUUUUCCCUCCUCAUCACGAUGGUGGCGGGCUUCGUGGGGCCUGCUCUGCUGGUGCGAGCGUUGCUGGAGUACUCCCAGAAAGCAGAUUCUUUGCUGUCCUACGGUCUGGCCUUAGUGGCCGGAAUCUUCCUCAUGGAGCUGAUUCGCUCCUGGUCGUUGGCUUUCAUGUGGGCCAUUAACUAUCGUACGGCGGCUCGUCUCAGAGGAGCAGCUCUGACUUUUGCCUUCAAUAAAAUCCUCCGUCUGCGCAGCGUGAAAGACGUCGGACCUGGAGAGUUGAUCAACAUCUGCUCCAGUGAUGGUCAGCGUCUGUACGAAGCUGCAUCAGCGGGAUGUCUCCUGGUCGGGGGGCCCAUAGUUGGCAUUCUGGGUUUGACCUACACCACCUACUUCCUAGGCCCCACCGCUGUGGUGGGCUCCGCCAUUUUCAUUGUCUUCUAUCCCGCUAUGAUGCUGGCGUCCAGGAUGACCGCGUAUUUCCGCAGAAAGUGCGUGACAGUGACUGACCGGCGCGUGAGACUGAUGAACGAGAUCCUGAGCUGCAUAAAGUUCAUCAAGAUGUACUGUUGGGAGGAAGCCUUCACGCGGAACAUUCAAAAGGUUCGUUCAGAAGAGCGAGGAAUUCUGGAGAGGGCCGGCCUGGUCCAGAGCCUCACAGUGGGCGUGGCUCCCAUUGUCGUGGUCAUAGCCAGCGUGUGCACGUUUACUCUGCACAUGGCGCUGGGCUAUGACCUCACUGCAGCUGAGGCUUUCACAGUAGUGGCUGUCUUCAAUUCUAGGACGUUCGCUCUGAAAGUGACGCCGCUGGCGGUGAGGUCACUGUCGGAGGGAGCCGUGGCCGUCAGGAGAUUUCAGAAACUUUUCAUGAUGGACGACAGAGAGGUUGUUUCCACCAAACUGGAGGAUCCUAGAAACUCGGUAGAAUUCCAGGCUGCCACGCUAGCCUGGGAAAAAGCUCGAGCUCCAGCUAUGAAAGCUCCUCCUAAUGAGAAGAAUAAGAACCAGCCGAAGAAAGGAGGAGGGAUGAAACGCGUCCUUCGCAGAGAGAAGCUCAGUCUGUACAUCUCCACAGAGGACGACAAAGGAAACAAGGAGACUCCAAACGCCCAAAGUCUCCUGACAAACAUGGAGCAGGAGAGUCCACAGAGCACCAUCUCUUCUACCCAGAGCAUCAGACCACCGCUGCAGAAGACCUUGCACCGCAUUAGCCUCAACAUCAGGAAGGGUUCUGUGGUUGGGAUCUGUGGAAGUGUGGGCAGUGGAAAGAGUUCUCUACUCUCAGCUCUGCUGGGUCAGAUGACUUUAUUGGAGGGAAAUGUUUCUGUCAGUGCUGGCUUCGCUUACGUUUCUCAACAAGCCUGGAUCCUCAAUGACUCACUGCGAGAGAACAUCCAGUUUGGAAAUGAAUUUGACGAGCACAGAUACAACGCCGUCCUGGAAGCCUGUUGUCUUCUCCAGGAUCUGGCUGAACUUCCGUAUGGAGACAUGACAGAGAUUGGAGAGAGGGGGGCAAACCUGAGUGGCGGUCAGCGUCAGAGAGUGAGCCUGGCUCGUGCGCUCUACAGCGAUCGCUCCAUUCUGCUGCUGGACGAUCCGCUCAGCGCUGUGGACGCUUGUGUGGCCGCUCACGUUUUCUACAGAGCCAUCAGAGGUUUGGCCAAAGGGAAGACCAUACUCUUCGUCACUCACCAGCUGCAGUAUCUGCCCGAGUGUGACGACAUUGUGCUGAUGAAGGAUGGACAGAUCGCUGAGCACGGCACUCAUGAGCAGCUGAUGGCCAAAGAGCGGGACUACGCUGCCUUGUUUAGCAGCAUCAAGCAGGAGGACGUAAUGAGAAAGAAUCUUAAGAACCACCAUCAGAGGACGAGUAAAGACACCGCUGACGCUUUAGGAGGAGGAGGUGGUGGUGGCGGAGAUGUUGAUGUUGCUAAGAUCAGACCCAAGAUGGAAAGCAAAGGCGGAGAGAAACUGAUGAAAGCAGAAGAAAAGGGCUGUGGAGCCGUGUCCUGGUCGGUGUACCUGGCCUACAUCAGAGCAGCAGGGGGUCCGCUGGUCUUCUUCAUCAACCUCUUCCUCUUCCUGUCCACUACCGGAAGUGUGGCCUUUAGCAACUGGUGGCUGAGCAACUGGAUCAGACAGGGCAGCGGGAACAUGUCAUUGAUCGCUGAGAAUGAAACCACGGUGAUCCACGGCAACAGCAUGAAACACAACCCACACGUUCACUACUAUUCUACAGUCUACGUCAUAUCAAUGGGAGCUGCCCUGCUGCUGAAGACCAUCAGAGGUCUGGUCUUUGUUAAGUGCACCAUGAAGGCAGCGUCGACGCUCCAUGACCGCCUCUUCCACCGACUCCUCCUCAGCCCAAUGCACUUUUUUGACACCACACCUCUGGGUCGAAUCCUGACCCGCUUCUCAAGAGACAUGGAUGAAGUGGACGUGCGUCUGACCAUGCAGGCCGAGAUGCUCCUCCAGAACCUCACUCUCGUCCUGUUUUGUUUGGGUAUGGUCGGCAUCAUCUUUCCCUGGUUCCUCGUAUCCAUCGUGCCGCUGGGAAUUUUCCUCUGUGUCGUCAAUCGUGUGUCCAGGGUGCUGAUUCGAGAGCUCAAGCGGCUGGAAAACAUCAGCCAGUCACCCUUUACCUCCCACAUCACCAGCACUCUCCAGGGUCUGUCCACCAUCCAUGCCUAUGGCCGAGGUCAGGACUUCCUGCAGAGGUAUCAGGAGUUGCUGGACACGAACCAGGCGUCUAACUACCUCUUCAGUUGUGCUAUGCGCUGGUUGGCUGUUCGUCUGGAUCUCAUCAGCAUCUCCCUGAUCACUGCUGUGGCUCUUCUCAUUGUCUUCAUGCACAAUCAGAUUCCCGCUGCGUACGCAGGCCUGGCCAUCUCAUACGCCGUGCAGCUGACCGGUCUAUUUCAGUUCACCGUGCGUCUGCUCACAGAGACUGAAGCUCGUUUUACCUCAGUGGAGCGAAUCAAUCACUACGUCAAGACUCUGGAGAGUGAAGGCGUACAGCCGAAUCCUGACGUCGACGCUCCUGCCCCCUGCUGGCCUCAGCAUGGGAAGAUCACCUUCCAGAAUGUGGAGAUGCGUUACCGAGAGGAUCUGCCGCUCGUUCUAAAGGACCUGUCUUUCACUGUGCAGCCCGAGGAGACCAUUGGCAUCGUGGGUCGUACAGGAUCAGGGAAGUCAUCUCUGGGCGUAGCACUCUUCCGACUGGUGGAAUUGGCAGGAGGCUCCAUCAGCAUCGACGGGAUCAAUACCGCACACAUCGGUCUGUACGACUUAAGAAGGAAACUGGCUCUCAUUCCUCAGGAGCCCGUGCUCUUCAUUGGCACCAUCAGGACCAACCUGGAUCCGUGGGAUCAGUUCUCCGACUCUCAGAUUUGGGAAGCCCUGGAGAAGACGCAUAUCAAAGAAAUGGUGAACAACCUCCCCCACUCUCUUCACUCGGAGGUGACGGAGAACGGGGAGAAUUUCUCCGUGGGGGAACGGCAGCUGCUGUGUGUGGCCAGAGCUCUGCUUAGAAACAGCAAGGUUCUUAUUCUGGAUGAGGCGACGGCUGCCAUCGACACAGAGACAGAUCGACUCAUCCAGGAAACCAUCCGGCGUGAGUUCGGAGGCUGCACCACUCUCAUCAUCGCCCAUCGUCUCAACACUGUGAUGGGCUGCAACAGGGUCAUGGUUCUGGACAACGGCCAGAUUGUAGAGUUUGACAGCCCUUCUGCUCUCCUGGCGAAUGAAAACUCCACAUUCAGGUCCAUGAUCCAAGCCUCAGAAAACCAAAGCAGAUAAAAAAAAAGGAGGAGCUCAAGAUUUGGGAUGUUUGGGAUGUUAGCUCUGUGUGGCCAAUAUUGAGCGAAACGCCUGAAUAACACUCCAAGGAAAGAAAAUCUCAGCAGUUAUCUCAAGCCUUGCUGUGGUGUGAAGGUGACACAUUUCUGGUCACUUUCACACUAAAGAUCCCGGGAACAGGUUUCUUUAGAUUUAACAAUGCAGAGAAAAGAAAAAAAGAAUGCUUCCUGUCCUUCAACGCAAUGUCAUGCCAGUCAGACUCUGGCUAAUGCACUUUAUUGUUUUACUGGGCUCUUGGAAGGAAAGGGUGCUUCCUUAUUCCAUAAAGAGAUAGCAUUUUUUUAGUUGUUUUAUGUCUGUAAGGACAGCCUCACAGAGAGAGAGAGAGAGAGUGAUGUUGAUCUGAUUUAGCAUUUUACACAUGGUACAUAGGAACAUGGAUGCUUGUAUUUAUUGUAUAAUAAUCUAAGGUACAUCAUACAGUAUAGUUAGGAAAAAGAAGCCAUCUUGGGCUUUCUCUGUCAGGAGAACUCCCUCACUUUGAAUACUCACAUUCAAAGGAAUUGUCAUUUUUAGAUCGCCUCAGUGGACACUGGUGGGAACAAGCUACUCUUAAGCUAUGUUUCAAUAACACGUCUUCAGUUCAAAGUUCACUGACAUGUCCACUUUUUGUGCAAGGUUUUACAAUUGUCUUUGGCUAACAUUGGAUAUUUCCUCUGCUCAGUUUUAGCUUUAUUUAUUUCUGUUCACAUUUUAGCCUGUUUUGGAAGCGCCGUCGCAGCUUUACCUAUGCCAUUUUGUUGACUGUUGGACUUCCAGAAACCAUUUUAUAAUUUAUUUUCACUUCACGAUUGUGCACAGAGUCAGUAGCUAUGGUUAAGCUUUUUAAUAAUGAAAGUACUGUACUGUUUCCUCGAAAUCCAAAUGCUGGAGUUAAAACCCUGCACAUUUUUCACUGCAGCAAUGUAGCAACUUCAGUUAAGGUUUCAAACCGCAGACCAAGACGGAACAUCAGGAUGUUUGUUCUUCGAAGUCUAGUGUCGUACACUUUUGCCUUAUAAUAAUAAAUCGAGGGCUGAACAAUCGCAAAGAGUGCAAUAUCAACGUUGCCUUCGUUAACUUGAGCUUAUUUUGUAUUUUAUUACGCCAAGGUUGUUUUUAAUUCUAAUACAAUAUAGAACAUAUUUUUGUAUAUGCUGAUGAUGUCCCGUUUUGUAUUAACAUAUCUUAAUUUUCAACUGUGAAGGUUUUUCAUGGCACCAAAGAGCUACACUGGUUUAGCAAAACAUACCUUGUUAGAAAUGUAAGACUAAGUAAAAAGUUUUGUGCGUGAUUUUCACCAUUUUUCUUUUUCCCAGAAUCCAAAAACAUAUAUAAUCCAAAUCUUUUCAAUUAGGUGAUAUACCGUCACGCUAUGGUUUAUAAAAACCCCUAUGUCUAUGUUUAAUUUAUUAUGUGUCUCAUUGUUAUUAUUUUCUUUAUACGCAUUUCUGACUGGGAACUGAAAAUGAAUAUUUGUAUUUUACUUUUUUUUCUCCUGUUAGUCAUGUUUUUUUAAAUUGUGGAGACAAAUCAAUAAAAGUACAAUUUAAAAAAAAAAAAAA